AUGGCCAAACCCGACACCCUAUCCUACCCCCAGACCGACACCCGACUUUCCCCCCCGCCCGACACCCAACCCUACCCCAAAACCCGCCAAGCUAUCCUUCCCCCAGACCCGACAAACACACCUACCCCCAGACCCGACACUUACCCCUACCUUCAGAUCCGACACUCACCCAUACCCCCAGACCCGACACCCACCCCUACCCCCAGACCCGACACCCACCCCUACCCUCAGACCCGACACCCAGCCCGACACCCACCCCAGCCAGACAACAGACACGGCCCCCAGCCCUACCCCCAGCCCAACACAAGAAACCAGACACGGCCCCCAGCCCUACCCCCAGCCCGACAGCAGAUACCAGACACGAACCCCAGCCCUACCCCCAGCCAAACACCAGACACCAGACACGGCCCCCAGCCCUACCCCCAGCCCGACGGCAGACACCAGACACGGUCCACAGCCCUACCCCCAGCCCGACACCAUACACCAGACACGGCCCCACAGCCCUACCCCCAGCCAAACACCAGACACCAGACACGGCCCCCAGCCCUACCCCCAGCCAAACACCAGACACCAGACACGGCCCCCAGCCCUACCCCCAGCCAAACACCAGACACCAGACACGGCCCCCAGCCCUACCCCCAGCCCGACAUCAGCCAGACACCAGACACCAGACACGGCCCCUAUCCCUACCCCCAGCCAGACACCAGACACGGCCCCCAGCCCUACCCCCAGCCCGACACCAGACACGGCCCCCAGCCCGACACCAGACACCAGACACGGCCCCCAGCCCAACCCCCAGCAAGACACCAGACACGGCCCCCAGCCCUACCCCCAGCCCGACACCAGACACGGCCCCCACCCCUCCCCCCAGCCCGACACCAGACACCAGACACGGCCCCGAGCCCUACCCCCAGCCAGACACCAGACACGGCCCCCAGCCCUACCCCCAGCCCAACACCAGACACGGCCCCCAGCCCUACCCCCAGCCAGACACCAGACACGACACCCAGCCCAACACCAGCCCAACACCAGACCUAUCUUCCAACAGCAGUCAUCCACCCGACACCCGACUGGCGUCCAUGCUGUUAA